AUGCGGGGCUUGUCCUUCACCCUGACGUCAGAUCUGUCUUUAAUAAAAACCCCCAAAGGGCCAGGGGGAAAAGGCAUAUCUGGCUAUGUGUAUCCGCCAGUCCAAGACUGGUCCCAACUUCCCCAAGAGGUGUUUCUCUUCGGAGCUGGGCUCAGAGUCUGGGUUCAAUCAAUGUAUCUAAUUCUGGCUUUCAGGGAUGAGGUGGCUUCUGCCCUGGUUUAUAGCGGCAGCAGCGGUGGUGACGGCGGCGGCAGGGAGCAACCUCUCCAAGGCCCUGAUCCAAAAUUCCACUGUCAUGCCCCCAACUUCAGUCCCUGCGGAGGACACCUCAUCACGCCCUCAGUUCUGUAAGUGGCCAUGUGAGUGCCCCCCAACCGCACCCCGAUGCCCUCCUGGCAUCAGCCUGAUCACUGAUGGCUGUGAGUGCUGCAAGGUGUGUGCCCAGCAGCUUGGGGACAAUUGCACAGAGGCGGCCACUUGUGACCCUCACCGGGGCUUGUACUGUGACUACAGUGGGGACGGCCCGAGGUACGCAAUAGGAGUGUGUGCACAAAUGGUUGGUGUAGGCUGUGUCCUAGAUGGGGUAAGGUACAGGAAUGGUCAAUCCUUCCAGCCCAACUGCAAGUUCAACUGUACUUGCAUCAAUGGGGCUGUGGGCUGCAUCCCACUCUGCACCAACUCUCGCCCACCACGUCUCUGGUGCCCCAACCCUAAGAAGAUUAAGAUGGCUGGCCGAUGCUGUGAGCAAUGGAUCUGCGAUGAUUCCAGGAAACCUCGCAAGACUUUGCCACGACAUAUCUCUCCUGCAGCUUCUGAAGGAGACACUGAGUCAUGGCAGAAGAAUUGUAUUGUGCACACAUCUUCAUGGAGCCCCUGCUCUAGAAGUUGUGGGAUGGGAAUCUCUACCAGAAUCUCCAACAACAAUGCUCAAUGCCAACUGUCAAAGGAGAGACGCUUGUGCAACCUGAGACCCUGUGAGGUGGAUAUCACCCAGCACAUCAAGCCAGGGAAGAAAUGUUUGGCUGUGUAUCAAGCAGAGCUUCCAAUGAACUUAACUAUCUCUGGCUGUGUGAGCACCAACAGCUACAGACCCAAGUACUGUGGAAUCUGCACAGAUAAUAGGUGCUGCACCCCAUACAAGUCCAAGACCAUUGUUGUGAAUUUCCAGUGUCCUGAUGGCCCAGGCUUCUCCUGGAAACUUAUGUGGAUCAAUGCUUGCUUUUGCAACUUGAGCUGUAGGAACCCCAAUGACAUCUUUGCAGACCUAGAACAAUACCAUGAUUAUGCAGAAAUAGCCAACUAGGCAGGGAAAAAGUGAAGAUGAUCUCAAGAUCCAGGAGGAUCAUAUUUCAUGGAGACAAAGACAUCAUUCCCUUUCACAUGGACAGAUUCCAAGCCCUUUAGAGGUUGCUACAAGACAUCUGUUGAUCGACAAGGGUUGAGUUCUCUCCUCUCGAUCCUAUCUGAAUAUUACCUUCUGCCUGAAUUCUUAAGUCUCUUCAUUGAGAUUUGGUGCUAUUUGAAGAAAAGGUUCAAAUACCUUAAAUAAGCAAACCUUAAGACAUUAUCAAAAAAUGCUAGCUAUCACAAUGUGGUUAUUGUUUAUUUCAUGUCUACCUAACAACCAAGUCACUCCUAACAGGCUUUGCCUUCCACUUCCAAAGUGCUCAGGAGGUACAUAGGGAAAAGAUAAUACAUGUUAUUUUUCUACUUCUGUUUUGUUCCCUAUAAAAACCUCCUCCUGAUAGCUUUAUAUUUCAUUUUCUCUUUGCCUAUGACUCAACGAGGGCACGGAUAGGUCUGCCCUUCAAAAAACCUAACUGGCAAAAACCCAAACAUGUUCAAGUAAUCAAUUAAAGGCAUUUUUCAUCUCAUAGGUAAACUCAUGGCAGGGUUCCCUUAACCAGUUCUCCCAGUUCAUUAUGUCUUCUGCAGAUAGUUGAGGGUCUGAUGGAGAGUGUAGCCUGAUAGUAAAGGCAAGUCUAAGGACAAAGGAUUAGAAGUUCCAAGACCUGGGGUCAAGUUCUUUCCCUUACUAACUGUAUGACCUUGGACAAGUUGCAAAUUCUCUGAGCCAUAGUUCCAUCUGUAAAAUGGAGAUUAUAGUCCCUGCCCUGUCUAUCUAAUAGAAUUUUUGUCCAGAUCAAACAUAAUCACAAUAAAGCUGCAAGGUGCUACAUAACUGCGAGCUGUUAUCAGUAAUAAUAACCAAAGGAGACAUAUUCUGUUGCAUAGGCUAUGUCUUAGAUAAACUGGCAUACAGUGCAUUAUCAGCUCUUCCCAGCACAGAGAGUUGGAGAAACUCAUGGAGGAUGCUUCCAGGCCACUCCACAUAUUGCUCUCAUACUUUCCUCCCACAUACUUUCCUCAUGGCUCUCCUUAUAACUCCUCAUUGGGAGCCAAAUGGAAAUGAAACUCUACUGACCAUAAUGAAAGCCUCUAGAAGGCAGCAGGGGGCAGUGAGGCAUCUGUUGUCUGCUAACUAAUGGGUACAGAUGUCAUUCGAUUCUAUCAGAAAUAUACAAUUAGAUUCAGAACUUAAAUAAAAGGCUACAUUCAAACCUGCUGACAGCAUGAAGAAGGCUAAUAUAAUUGGUCACUCUCGAUUAAAAGCUGGGUAGUACCAUACCCUGAUCUUAUGGAGGCAGAAGCCUGGUGCUGGUUAGAAAUGGUAAUGUGAUAUCUGUGGUCCAAAUCCAUAGGAUUUCAAAUGUAACUCAAAGUGAUGUCAUGUUGGGUACCAUUAUUAGAUUUCUGUAAGUCACGUGACUCACUUUGGCUUCUGUCUGGGCAUAAAUCUCUUCUCUGUGUAUGGAGGAGAGCAAGGACCUCUGGCGAGCCACCAUUAGUCUUGUGUCUGAGUUGCGGCAAGAGGCUGAGUGGGAUGCCAGGCAAAAGCAAAAGAAACUAGAUUCCUUUGGUCUUGCCAUUUAUAAUCUUAUUAAUUUCAUCAAUUCUGUUACUCUGUAUCUAUGUGGUAAGAAAAGCAUUAUAGCUCAGAAAUAUUAUAUCUGAUUUUUCUAAAGGUUUCUAGUUGAACAAAAAUGUGUAAACAAUGUCUUGCUGAAUUAUUCGUGAGAAUCAUUUAACUAAUGUAAUGGCUGAUCACAUAUUUCUGUCUAUAUGUAUGUAUGUGUGUAUAUAUAUAAAUAUAUAUAAUUUUCAAACUGUGACUUAAUAUUUAAGUAAUCUUACAGAGGUAUUUUUGUAAAGGAUAUUUUAAAAGGAUAGAGAAAUUUAUCAGAAUUUACAAAUGGUGGGCAAAAUGAGGUCAAAAUACCCAUGUUUCAUGAUGUUGCUCAUUGCUUAUCAUUGCAUGAUCCUUAUUUACCCAAACUGGAAAUUUGUAUUUCUGUUCUGCAUUUGUGAUUUUUCUCAUGAAAAAUAAUAAAUCACCAGCAAAAUGA